AUACACUUCAUGUUUUCCUCAUCCUUCAUAUCAUACACAACAUCCAAUCCAUCUAAUAUCAAUAUCAGUUCUCCUUCACUGACACCAGCUAGCAUCCGCAACUAUGGCAGCCUCUUCCCUUCAACUUCCCGUGUUCAAAAGACUAGAAGGAAAGGUUGCUAUCAUAACAGGAGCAGCCAACGGCAUAGGAGCAACCACGGCGAGGCUCUUUGCUCAACAUGGGUGCAAGGUUAUCAUUGCUGACAUUGACGACAAGAAUGGUCACUCCGUGGCCGAAGAGAUCGGCCCGGAAUACGCACUAUUCAUCCACUGCGACGUCAGAAUCGAAUCAGACGUCCAAAAUGCGGUGGACACCACCGUUUCCAGGUACGGAAAGUUAGACAUCAUGUUCAGCAAUGCAGGCGUCGCAGGGAGCCGAGACACCAGCAUCUUGGAGGCCAGCCCAGAAAACAUCAACCUAGUUUUCGAGACGAAUGUGUUCGGAGCAUUCUUCUGCGCCAAACACGCGGCCAGGGUGAUGAUUCCGGCGAGGAAGGGCAGCGUAAUAUUCUCGGCGAGCGCGGCGUCGGAGGUGUUCGGGAUCACCUCCGACACGUACACGGCAUCCAAGUGCGCCGUGGUGGGAUUAUGCAAGAGCCUGUGCGUUGAAAUGGGGAAAUAUGGGAUCAAAGCCAACUGCGUUUCGCCUUAUGUAAUUCUGACUAAGUUGGGAAUGAGUAUAAUGCCCACCCAGGAUAGGAAAUUGGCGGAGGAAAUUGUGGCAGAAGCUUCAAAUUUCAAAGGGAAAACUUUGACGACGGAGGAUGUAGCAGAGGCGGCUUUGUACCUCGCCGGCGACGAGUCUAUGUUCGUAAGCGGGCUCAACCUUUUGAUUGAUGGGGGAUUUACCACCACCAAUAUAGCCUUUCAAGUGGCUGUUGAAAAAGUAUUGGGCGGCGGGGAAGGGACAGCCGCCUAAAUACCUAAUCAUCUGCUCAUCGUAUUGUACUUUGUCUGUGUGUUUAUUAUUCUAAGAAAUAUGGGAAUAAAUGUCAUUCUAGAGGGGGGGGGGGUAGUAACCUCUCAUUCUAAAAUGACGAAAGGAUUUGUAAUUACAUCAUGACAUACUUAUGUCAAUGAUAUUUAUGUAGCAAUAAUAUAAUAUGUUCAAGUAAUAAAUUAUACUCCAUGCUUAUUAUAA